AGCCAAUAUGAAAUAAGCCAACCCCAGACUCUUCUCAUCGCCAACGCCGAAUGAACAUGGACCGUGUUAUUCAGGAUUCCGACGAGGAAGAGGACGACGCCCUGUCCGACGAUGUGCCCACCUCUGUCGACGCGGGCCAGCAACAAUGCCCGAGCGAGCAGCGCACGUUGUCGUCGAUUUCAGCACGCGGGGACCACGACGAAGUGCACGAGGUGCUCAUUCCUGGCAAGGUUGGGAGCCAGGCCGAGGAAACGCCAGGUGCACCUGUCGAGGUGCCGCUAGGUGUCAAUUUUGACGACUUUCUCCAGUCGCAGGACACGGCCGGGGGCCGCUUAUCUUCGUCGCAGCAGAGGAGGGAAGAUAGAUGGAUUCCGGCCGAGGUUGGGCAUGGGUCUAUCGGCUCGGUCAUGACUGAGAUCGGACUCGCUCAAAGACGACUCUUCGAUGACGAUGACGCGGCAUUUAGCGUCCAGAACCUCAUCGCCGCGCCGACGACAAUGGACAUAGUUCGCACCAGCUACUCCAUGAACACUGGCCACGGGGUAUAUGGAAACAUGGCCCGGUUAGGUGACGAGCUCGGCAAUGAAGAGAACUGGCACAAUCACUCGGAACGCCAGACAAUGCCCCUGGAGGUUCGGGAAGAAGGAAAUUUAGCUCUCCAAACAGAUCAGGAGGACAUCAAUGUUCAGACCUCAAUGGAUUCAGGUUGUCAGGUAAUGCAGCCUCAUACGGACACCAAUCGAGCCUUGAAUUGCGGAAUAAUGUCGAGUCAUGAAAACACAUCCUAUAACUUUUUCGAUUCAGUGAUGAGCCAUCCAGCAGAUAGUGCACCUGGCGAGUUCCUCGUCUCAACCAGAUUCCACAAUGAUGACCAGCUACCUGAGUUGCACCGGACACCUCUCCGAUCAAAGUCGCUACAGGGGACGCUAUACUCUCCACACGACACCGAGCCUAUUUCUUCCGUCCUCUCGCCCAGAUCGAGCCGAGUGAAAAGCGAUAAUCUCGCUUUGAGCAUGCAGCAAGCGUCCCAGCAGAGUACUGGCGAUGAGCUCGCAGGCUCUGUGACUGUUGAGCUGCCACCAAUGAAGAAGAAGAGAGGGCGUCCAAAAAAGCAGGUCGUGAUGCAAGACGAAGAUGACGAGCUUGCCAACUCGCCUGUUGGUCAAGAUUUGGCCAAACCGGAAAAGUCCACCCCUGGGGGGCCAUCUGAAACCUUUCAGGAACAAACAGACCACAGCGACGAUAUAGUCAUGGUCCCGAUUGAUAAAAAUACUGUCAGUCAUGGUGGAGACCACGAGACUCCUCCGUCUGCUGCAAAAGACUCAAAACUUGGCGUCGUGAUUCAAGCGCAGGAUCCCUAUUUGGCAGAAGCUGAUCGCAAGGAGUCGAAAAACCUCAAGGCCAAGGAACCCAAGAAGAAGAAACUUAAACGAGGGAAAACAACCUCCGCUAUCCAGACCAAGUCACACGAAUCCGAUGUCGAGGGCGACGUUAUAUGGGUGAACGAGAAAUCUGGUUCCGGGAAGCUUGACAGUCAGGAAGGAGUGUCUCCUUUCGACAAGUCCACCAUAACUAAUAUGAAUGAGACCCUUCUAAGUAUUCCCAAAGCGGAGUCCAACGCAGAAGAAGCUGCACAGAAGCCGAGCAAACUCGUACAAGCUGCGCCUAAGAAACGCGGCCGGAAAAGAAAGAAAACAGACGAGCAAUUGGACGAGGAGCAACAGCAGCCUACAACAAGCCCGAACGAGCUUCUCGACAAGGCACAGACAGAUCCCAGCUUCCCCGACCUCCUCAAGGACGACUCAAAAAACACGAUUAACAACCAGAUGAUCUCCGAAGAAGAUCAUCCCGACACUCACACUAUCGCUGUUCCCCCCGAGGAGCAGGAACAAGAACAACCAGCAGAGAUGAACGCCCUCAAAACGCCCCAAAAGCAGACACCUAACCCCCCGGGCUCGGGAAGAGACCCACGCAAAGGUCCAGACAAGCACAGCCCCAUUUCAGGGACGAGCAAGGUGCCCUUCCGCGUCGGUCUCAGUCGUCGCGCACGUAUCGCGCCGCUACUGAGAGUUGUCCGGAAGUGAUCAUCCGAACGAGAACCACGAGGUCAAAUGGGAAUAUAAUGAUAAAUUGCUGCUGGGCGUUUUUCUUCGGGCUUGCUGGACUUGCCUUGUCGGGUGCUCCGGAUCUUCGAUGCAGAAUGAUUACGAUUUCAUUGAUUUGCCUGCGAUUCUCUAAUGACUCGGUAUUCUAGUUCAACUAAUAGACGGCUAUAUGACCUGUUUCUUUUGCUGUUACAUCAAAGAGCCCAUGUUCAUGGAUCAUUUGUCGAAAAAUGUAUGCUUUGAGGUGCUGCUGUAUUUCUUUUAUACGCAUCUAUUUUUCCGAAGUCCUUACGAAAACUACAAUGAUGACUCGACGUGGAUAA